AUGAAAAAACUUCAAGAGAUAUGGGAGAAUCUACAAUUAAAUGAGGAUGAAUGGGUGGCCAUAGAUAUCGAGGGAGAUGGGAUCAUUGAGGUCCUCAAAAGGGGUGAUCGAAGUUUAAUUGGGAAGAUCUGGUCUGAGAGACAGAUUGGGAAAGCUGUUGUUGAAUCAACUAUCACUGAGAUGGGGCAAAACAUUUUUAUUAUCACUUUUGCUACCCACGCAGAUAAACAUCGGGUGGAAAAUGAGAGGCCUUGGCUCUUUGAUGGUAAUUUGUUCGUGAUGAAGGAAUUUGAUGGGUUUACUACUCUCGAGAAUGUGUCUUUUGAUAUGGCAGCCAUGUGGGUUCAGUUUCAUAACUUGCCUCUCGUUUGGAUGUCAGGAACAAAACUGGAGAGUUUGCUUGGAGUAGCAGAGGACGUGGAAGUUGAUGAUGAUGAUGAUGUGGGGUGGGAUAUCUCUUUGCGGGUGAAAAUCUUGUUAGAUUUGAGGAAACCACUGGCGAGGGGAAGAAUUGUGAUGCUGCGAGGAUUGAAGACCUGGGUUCCCAUACAGUAUGAAAAACUUCCAAGGUUUUGUUUGCAAUGUGGUUGUGUUAUUCAUGAGAAAUCUAGAUGUCCCAAUUUCACGUCUGUGAUGGUGGACAACAAGCAAUUUGGUAGUUAG